AAAAAAAAUUUGCUUUUGCGCGCCAUUUUUUUUUUUUGGAACGCAACGUCAUCGUUCUUUUUCAAUCCAGGUCGCUGAUUGGCCAACGAUCAUUUGCGCAAAACCCGAGUGAUUUGCCCACCUUAACUUUUCUGCUCAAUGACAAGCGCAUCCAGUCAAUCGCGACCUGUCAUUGCAGAGAAAAGGGAACUCCACUGGCUGGCAAAGCUCUUUGCGGGAGUUUAUUGCGAAAGCAAACAAAAGGAUGAGGAGACUUGGGCCGAUGUUUUUGUGAGAGAGUACUGGCGACCGGCUUUGUUGACUUUGGCCAUCGGGGUACCCGUGGGUUAUGUAUUUAUGACGGUAUUGGUUGGGAAACGAUAUCCUACGGCAGGACACAUUCCGCCGGAAGCGUUUGCCCGACAGGAAAUGAUUCGCGGCAAGGUCCUGAAAGUGGGCGACAGCGAUAAUUUUCGGCUUUAUCAUACGCCUGGAUGGGGAUGGGGCUGGCUCCGAAAAAUCCCCACUACACGAAAAGAAUUAAGGCAACAAACCAUCCCUAUUCGCAUAGCUGGUGUGGAUGCUCCCGAGGGAGCCCAUUUUGGUAUGCCGGCACAACCGUUGUCUGCUGAAGCCAAAAAAUUCUUAACGAAUCUGGUCCUCAAUCGCCACGUUCAAGUUCAGCUAUUGAGCCGGGAUCAGUAUCAACGUAUUGUGGCCAUGGCGUAUGUACGCAAGCCGCCCUUUUAUCGUUUAAAAAAUGUAUCCGAGGAAAUGCUCAAGGUGGGCCUUGCAAGUAUGUACGUAGCCAAAGGAGCACAGUACGGCGACGCUCAAGCACAAUUGGAGAAAGCGGAAGCCCGAGCAAAGCUCUUACGAAAAGGCAUUUGGGGAUUAAAGACAUACGUUUCGCCCCACGCACAUAAAGCAAGGUUUUUAAGAGGUCAAGGAAAGUGAAUCCCUGCAUGGCUGUCCAUCGCAUGAAUAUGAAAACCCGAUGGAGCUGGGAGGUUGAGUUAUAGAAAAAUGAAAUGAU